UAGUAAAAUUCUUGACACAAAUCUGAAAUUUCCCUCAAUACCUUUUGAUUAUCCUUCAUAUAACAGCCCAACAGAUCUUGAUCCUUUGAUUUAGUCUAACAAACACACACGUGUCUGUCUUUCUCUUUGUUUUUUUACUUUUCCUAUUGCUCACAUUUUGCUUUCAUGCAUGGAAUUCUCCUCCUACUAAAACACAAAAAAGAGAAAAAAAAAGAGAAAAAAAAAGAGGAAAUAUAUGUGGAGUGUAUGUAAAUGCAGAGAGAGAAGGGGUGGGUACAGAGAAAUAUUAGGAAGAAAGAGUCUUCUGUUCUGUUAAUUCUAUUCUUGAUCGGCUGUGGCUAGUUCAAGACCCGACCCACCUGUUCAAAAGUUUGAUUUUGUCUGCAUUAAAUUCUUGAAUCUUUUAACAUUAAUAUAGGUAGAGUCAUUUAUAUGCCUUUUUUUCGAGAUUACAGUAAAUAUGGAAGUCAAGAGAGUUUUCCUUUUGUUCUGGGUAUGAUUUUUACUUCCCAAAACUGAUCCAAUCACUUGUGCAAUACCGAGGUAUAGUUUUUGUGAUUUCUGCUGAAUCCUUAGUUCCAGAUUUGAGAUUUUUCUUUUUUGGUUUCGUAACUCGUUGCUAUUUUUCUGAUCUGGGGUCUGUUUCUUUGUUCGUUCAACUAUUUGGGUCUUGUUGGAUCAAGAAAUACUGCAUUGUUGUGCAAUUUGAGCUUACUGGUUGCUUGUGAAUCUUGAUUUUAGUAUUGAUUUUCUUGGUCAGUUCGAAUAGAAUUAUUCAAUUCAAUGGCGGAGGAACAAGAAUUGAGAUUUGUUUGCAAGUUGUGCAAUAAGAGGUUCCCAUGUGGGAAGUCACUAGGGGGUCACACCAGGUCUCAUGUAAUUGCAAAUUCUGCUGAAUCUGAAGAAAAAUUUGAGUCAAAUAUGAAAAGGAUCUCUUCUUUAGGUGGGGCAGGGAAGAUUAUCAUAAAUGAGUCGAAGGUUGUUGAAUUUGCUAAUGGGCAAUCCAUUUAUGGCCUUAGAGAAAAUCCCAAGAAAACGUGGAGGGCUGUGGAUUCGACCUUUCCUCUGCCACAGGAGAAGGUUUGCAAGCAAUGUGGUAAAGGGUUUCAAUCGUUGAAAGCGUUGUGUGGUCACAUGGCUUGUCACUCGGAGAGGGAGAGGGGCUUGAAGGAUGAUCAUUCUUGGACGAGUGAGAAUCAGAAACUAGUUAUGGAUAGUCAUUCAGAUACUGAAUCAGAGGACAGGAUUUUGAGAACUAGAUUAUCAAAGAGUAAGAGGUUCAAGAAAAUCAUUGUCAAGUCGUCCUCGUUUUCUUUAGCUAACAAUGGUUCUUCGUCUGUUUCUGAGAUUGAUGAGCAAGAACAAGAGGAAGUAGCUAUGUGUUUAAUGAUGUUGUCUAGGGAUUCAGGAACUAAAGGCGGCGUGAAUUCAGUUGUUGAGUCUUCUGAUAAUAAUUCAGUGGUUCUUGAAACUAAAUCUUCUUCUAUAGAUAUGAUAAUUGGAAGAAAGGAAGGCCUAAAUUAUGUUAACAAUAAUGACGAGACACUCCAAAUGAAGAAAAUUGGGGAUAGGAUGUUUAAAGGUAGAGCUUUGAAUGCAGAAAUUGCUCAAAUGGAGAAAUCUGAUUCAGGGUAUUUCUUAGAUGAAUGUGCUAAGGUUGAGUCUGAUGGAUCUGUCGAUGGAUAUCACAGAAAUGGUGCUUUCGGUGAAUGGAAGAAGCCCCCGAUGGGUGUUGGAGUUAGAGGCGAGGAGCCGGUUUCUGAAUUCAAGAAAAGCUUGAACGUAAUCAAGAGUUAUAAAACAGAGCUUAGGAAGGAGGUUGCUCAGGAAAAUGGAUAUGAUGAUGCUCGCAAAUUUUCAAAUUCGGCUAGAAAUGAAUCACGAAAGAGAAAACAUAGAUUUGAAGUUCCUGGAUUUUGGAAUGAAUCUGAUAGGAAUAUGAAAAAGGGCUCUUCAGACGAUCAGGUAUGCGACAAUGUUCAGAAAAAAAGUAAAUAUGAAUGCUUGAACUGUAAAAAGACCUUCAAUUCAUAUCAAGCGCUUGGUGGGCAUAGACCCUGUCACAAGAAAAGUAAUGCCUUUUCCGAAUCACAAUAUGAAACGGGCGAGAACAGUCAAGGUGAUGUGAAUGACUUCAGAACUGCUUAUAAGCUAGGAGAGUCUACUAACAAGAAAAAACUGAUAUCUAAAAUUUCAUCUCAUGACUCAAAGAAAGGAAUUAAGUCGAAGAAGAACAAAUUGCACGUCUGUCCAUUCUGCGACAGGGUUUUCAAGAAUGGCCAGGCUUUAGGUGGACACAAGAGGUCACAUUUUAUUGGUGGACACGAGGAAACUAGCAGUCGAACUCCAGUACUGAAGCCGGAGCUUCCAGAUUUACUUGACCUUAAUCUUCCGGCUCCUGAGGUGGACGAGGAUGAUGGCCAUGACCAGUUCUUCCGGCUAGGUUGGAAAUGAAUGCAAGCCUUGCUGAGACUGCUGGUUGUGUUGACGGCUUCUUGAAGAUGCUACAAUAUACAGACAAUGUGGUGCCAAUGGUACUCAUUUGAAGUUGUUUUGCUCAUAUCGACUGUAAGAAGCUCACCGAUCCUAUUCUGAAUCUCCAUUUUGUUAGACCCAAGAAUAUGCUACAAUUUUUUCCAGACUUCAAAUUUAUCCAUUUAUUUAGUUUUCAAGCAAUGGCAUUAUAAUCAAUAUGUUUAUGUCAGUUAGUUCUUUGACUGAAGACUAGAAGCUAAGAUUAAUUCAUUUUAGUUAUGUGCUGUCAUUCAUUUCCUUUUAGUUAUGCAAUUUGAAGCAUUGAAGUCAA